CUUGCACAUUCCCACUCGCCAACGGACCCAAAGGCUUGCUGGCAAGUGCUCCUGCUUCUGCUGCUCCCACAACACACAGCAACAGCAGCACCCCCCUCCACUCAACCCACUCACACCCCCCCCCCUCCCCCAGCAACAUGGUCGCCUCAGACACCCUCCCCGACUUCCCUACCGCCCCCACCUUCCCCUCCGAAUCCCCCUCGGCCCAAGCCACCCGCCUCGCAACCCUCCUCUCCACCCCCGUAACCCAACAAGAUGGCCUCUCCGCCGCCGAGCUCAUGUCCCCCACCCUCUCCGGCGGCCUCACCUACAACGACCUCCUCAUCCUCCCCGGCUACGUCGAUUUCCCCGCCACAGCCGUCUCCCUCGAAUCCCGCAUCACAAAACGGUUCACCAUCAAGACCCCUUUCGUCUCCUCGCCGAUGGAUACGGUCACCGAGACGGCGAUGGCGGUCGGGAUGGCCCUGAACGGGGGUAUCGGCGUGAUUCACCACAAUUGUCCCGUGGAGGAGCAGGCGGAGAUGGUGAGGAAGGUGAAGAAGUUUGAGAAUGGGUUUAUCACGGAUCCGAAGUGUUUGAGUCCGAGGGAUACGGUGGGGGAUGUGGUCAGGAUUAAGGAGACGCUGGGGUUCUGUGGGAUUCCGAUUACAGAGGACGGAAAACUGCAGUCUAAACUCCUCGGCAUCGUGACCUCCCGCGACAUCGACUUUCUCCAAUCCGCCGAAGAGCGCAAACGCAAACUCCAAGACGUCAUGACCACCGACCUCGUUACGGCCCCGCAAGGCGUCUCCCUCCUCGAAGCCAACACCAUCCUCAAAGCCUCCAAAAAGGGCAAGCUCCCCAUCGUCGACAAGGACGGCCACCUCACCGCCCUCCUCGCGCGUUCCGACCUCAUGAAAGCCAGGGACUACCCCUGGGCGUCCAAAAUGGCGUCCUCGAAACAACUCCUGGUCGCCGCGGCCAUCUCCACGCACGAGGAGGACAAGAUCCGCCUGAAAGCGCUCGUUGACGCCGGCCUCGACAUUGUCGUCCUCGACUCCAGCCAGGGAAACUCCCUCUUCCAGAUCGAGAUGAUCAAAUACAUCAAACAAACUUACCCGCACAUGGACGUCGUCGCCGGUAACGUCGUCACCCAAGAACAAGCCCGCAACCUCAUCGCCGCCGGCGCCGACGCCCUGAGAGUCGGCAUGGGCUCCGGCUCCAUCUGCAUCACCCAGGAAGUCAUGGCCUGCGGACGCCCCCAAGGGACAGCAGUCUACCGCGUCGCACAGUACGCGCGCCAGUUCGGCGUCCCCGUCAUCGCCGACGGGGGUAUCGCCAACGUGGGCCAUAUCGUCAAAGCCCUCGCUCUCGGCGCCUCGGCCGUCAUGAUGGGGUCCCUCCUCGCUGGCACCGCCGAGUCCCCCGGGGAGUACUACUACCACGAAGGCCAACGUCUGAAAAAGUACCGCGGGAUGGGAUCCAUCGACGCCAUGGAGAAGGGCGACGCGGCGGGCAAACGGUAUUUCUCCGAAUCAGACAAGAUCAAAGUCGCGCAGGGCGUCGCGGGCGCUGUGGUCGAUAAAGGCAGCGUGAAGAAGUUCAUCGGGUAUCUUGCGGCGGGCGUGCAGCACUCGUUGCAGGAUAUCGGCGUGACGAGCCUGGAGACGUUGAGGAGCGAGGUGUGUGAGGGGAAUGUGAGGUUUGAGAAACGGACCGCGAGCGCGCAGAUGGAGGGCGGCGUGCAUGGGUUGCAUUCGUAUGAGAAACGGUUGUUUUCGUAGAAGGGGGGACUGAGCGACAUGUCGUCACACGGCUGUGUUAUCCACACCAUCCUGCACAACCCGGCAUUGCCAAAUCGGGACAAACCGCUUAGUCUAGUGCCCCUGCGUCAUCCCUUUCCAUCUGCAUCUGACCAUUUC